AUGAAUUUCAUCCAUAUCGAUCUUGCGUUAGGCGACUGUGUGGCUAUCGGAAGAGGCUACAAUGCUGUCCAAGGGUCAGUGUCUUUCACCGACGAGGAUGCACAGAAUUGCUCUGUGGUUUUACCUGGAAUCCAAAAGCAUCUUGCCCGCUGGUGGGAGAUCCAUAACAAUAUCCGGGCUAAGAGCCAGUUUAUGGUGAGUACUCUGUAUCCACUUGGUCAAGAUGACAGUGCACAUAAUGUCCUCCGUGGUUCUACUGCUAAUGCUCUCGCAGACUAG